UGUAACUCAAUAUUCCUGUUUGUGUUUCAGUACCCACGUAUUGAUACUGGUCAGUUAGACAAACAAAUCAAAGGUAUUAUGCAAGAGGUGAUACCAUAUCUGAAAGAACACAUGGACGAUGUGUGUUCACCACAAUUGCUGGCUUACAUAAGAAGAUUAGUGCUGACGUUGACAAGACAGAGAGGAGACAGCCAGGAGUUUGUACGCUUCUUUAAUAAGCAGCUUGGAUCGAUCUUGCAAGAUUCGUUGGCCAAGUUUGCUGGUAGAAAAAUGAGGGAGUGCGGAGAAGACUUACUGGUUGAUGUAUCUGAGAUUUUAUUCAAUGAGUUGGCAUUCUUUAGAUUAAUGCAAGAUUUAGACAGUGCUGGUGCUGGUAGUGCACCUAAGAGGAAAUAUGACAGUGAAACUACCGGCACUGACACCACAACUGGGCAAGAAGGUUUGGCUGAAGGCGAGAGCUCAUCAGACGAGGACGAAGAGGAUGACGAUGAAGAUAGCAGUGAUGAAGAGUCUGACACUGGAUCCAGUGAAGGUGAUGAAGAACUACAGGAUGUAGAAACAGCCAUGGCUAUUACUCCCGCUGAAGAAGAAGAACUAGGAAAAGCACGUGAUGAUGCAAUGGCAGCAAACAUAGAAAUCAAUAGUGAGAGAGAUGAGUGA